GGGACAUCUGCCACUUCGUUUUGGCCAAUGAAACCAUUUUUGAAGCUCUGAACUUUGAGCCCUUCUUUGAGUUCUGAAUCCAACACUUCAAGCUUUCUCUGCGAGAUAUCCCAUUCGACAGAAAUGGGCAUUCCUCCGGUCAGGCCACCGCGUAUUACAAAGUAUCUAAAGCCUUAUGUUCUGAAAAUGCACUUCACAAACAAAUACGUAACUGCACAAGUAAUCCACACACCAACCGCCACAGUAGCUUCUUCUGCAAGCUCCCAGGAAAAGGCCUUGAGAGAAAGCAUGGAGAUACGCCGGGACGUUGCUGCUGCUGGAAAGAUAGGGAAGAUAUUGGGGGAGCGCCUCCUGCUCAAGAACAUCCCUGCUGUAUCCGUCCAGUUGAAGAGAGAACAGAAAUAUCAUGGUAAGGUUAAAGCUGUCGUUGACAGUGUGGUGGAAGCAGGUGUCAAACUCCUCUGAUUUCGACUGCGAGACAACGAUGAACAAUUACUCGGGUUCGAGUAUCAAUUCAGUUGAAGUUUUUCUAUUGUGUUAUGUUAUUGUGAUCACGAACACCAUUGGAAAUUCUGAUUGUUGAUGCAAUGGAGACUUCUAGUAACCUGAUUUUGGUUUUGAUUUGAA